AUGGCUGAUACAGAUGUAAUUAUUCGUCGUGGUCAUCUUUUAUCAAGUUUAAUUGAUAAAGUACAUUGUGGUUCAAUACUUGCAUCUAUUGUUCAUUGUUAUUAUGAAUUAUAUGGAAAAGAUUAUGCUGCUGAUCUGGUUACUAAAUUUUCCAAAUUAUUUACACUUUUUUUUUACAAUAUUAUUGAGAAAAUUUAUUUAGAUGUUCUUUUGCUUCCACCUGGUGUAUAA